CAAAGGGAGUGGGCGCUCAUUGGCUCCGGCCGUGUGCGCUCUGUUGUCCCCCAGCGAGAGCAGCUCAGCCCCUAUUCACAUGUUAAUAAGCCCCUAUAAAUACUAACAACAGCCACUCAGCGCCAGCAGCACGUCUCACUUGGAUUGCACAAUAAACACAGGGCGCCUCGCCUGCGAGUUUGUCGAUUUUUUUUUCUUCCUGUAACCGGUUCCGUUUGCCAGCUGCCCCUCACUGAGGAAUCGGGAGUAAAAAAGCAACAGUGGGAGAAGCCACAGAAGCGGCGAUCCAACCAACAUGGCCCCCUCGGCUCGGCCCAGCAACACCGGACUUGACAUGGAAGAAGAUGAGCUCUAUUACGGGAUUCAGAAAGGGGACAGAAAGACUAGGAAACCCCUGGUGGAGAAGAAGAGGCGAGCUCGCAUCAAUGAGAGUUUGCAGGAGCUGCGGACUUUGCUGGCAGACACAGACUUUCACUCCAAGAUGGAGAACGCAGAGGUGCUGGAGAUGACGGUGAAAAAGGUGGAGGAUAUCCUGAAGAACCGAACCCAAGAAUCAGACGCACUCAGCCGUGAAGCCAGCGAGAGAUUUGCUGCCGGCUACAUCCAGUGCAUGCAUGAGGUCCACAUGUUUGUGUCCAGCUGUCCUGGGAUCGAUGCAACAGUGGCAGCCGAGCUCCUCAACCAUCUGCUGGAGUGCAUGCCCCUGAAUGAGGACCACCUCCAGGACGUGCUGAUGGAUUUAAUCACAGACACUUCUGGGAGCAGCACUUGGCACGGAGGCAGCGAGACGCUCUGCGCGACCCUGGCCUCCCCCGGAGGAAGGAGUGUAUCCAGCAGCUCGUCCUCGGCCCUCUCCCCGGCCCCAUCCACCACAUCCAGCGAGGACCUGUGCUCUGACCUGGAUGAGACCGACAGCGAGCACAACCACAGCUCCACAGAGGGUAUGGAGAGCAGGGAGGCCCUGAGCAUGCCCACCAUCACCUACCCCCUGUCUAUGUGGAGACCCUGGUAGAGGUCUGGGGGGUUUGGAUAGGAUGCAGUUGGGAUACGUUGAAGCAGGGUUUAUGGGUGUUUGUUUUUUUAAAGAUGUGACACUGAGCCUCCCACAGAAAGGGAAAAUUCCACCCUAAAACACAUGAACACUUUAAAAACUGCCAUUUGUGCGCUCAUUUACGCCUGCAGAUAACUGACCACAUGCAUGGAUUUUUUCUGGACUCCCCACAGUGAUGAUUAAUAAUCACAUCUGUUGUACAAGAGGCGCAGAGACACUGACAGCAGCCUCAGUUGAGGGAUCAUGACUGCGGGUUUUCUCUUCACCCUGGAGUGCUGCAAGUUUAUACCCUUCCUUUGCAUUCUGGGAAGUGUAGGAGCAGGUUGAGGAAACAACAUGUCAUCAGAAAAUCACUCCUGAAGUACAGAACAUUGGAUAUCACAGAAAAAAUGUUAAAGGGUGGAGUUUUCCCUCAGGGGUCUUUCCUUUCCAGGGUCUCUCCAGCUAAGGACCUCCUGAAAGUCCCCUCUCCCCUCCUCCCCCCUUUCCUUCUCAGUAGUGACACACUGGCUUUGAGUCCACCUGAGUCCACUGUUGAGACUUUUCCUUACACCCAGAGAAACCUUCCCUCUCAACACUUCACUUAUAACCCAACAGCAAAGGACAGACAAGGAACAGUUCAGCAUGUUCACACUGUUUUUGUGUCAAUAACUUUGUGUAUAUAGGAUUUGUAUGAGGAGAAAAGCUCUUUUAGAAACCAAGAAGUUUGGCAAUGCCUCUGAUUAAUAUAAAUAUUUCUAUUGUAUUUCAUAAAGGCCUGUAGUUUAUUUGACCAGUAGCCUCCUUCUGAACGACCACUUUAUGUUGUAAUGAUGUUUAGAGAUGUUUU